AUGCCUAUACAUUCCACCCCCAUUCCGCCAUCGUAUCCCCAAGCCAUUAUCCAUCGUCAACAUGAUGGUGAAUAUUGGUUUGAACUCGAGGGACGUAUUACUCACUUCAUCAUCCCGACGAUAGAGGAUGUUAUGAGAACCUGUAAGGUGGCUAGUCGUAAGCCACCGACAGUUUUCAUAAUAUUUAGAAGCCUGGUGCAGAGAUGCAUGAGGUUGCUUAAAAAAUAUGAGCAACACCAGGUCUCAAAGGUCUCUUCAGAACUUUGGAAACAUGUAAAAAUGCAAAUGAAAGAUUUACAUGGUAAAUUUCAGUCACUUUAUGAAGAAAAUAAAAAACAGUGGAAAAAGAGAGAUUUAAUUUUCGAAUAUUAUAAUCCAACAAGCUCCAACGAUAAAAUCGUGUCUUCUACAUCUAAUGAAAUGAAGACAUUAACCUCCUCUGAAGAAAUACAAAUUACAGAGGAAUUGUUUGUUGGGUUAGCACAUGUGCCUGGAUUUAAUUAUUACUUGGGAAACCCUUCCUACUAG